AUGUCUACAUCAAUCUCAUUGAUCCGGCAAUACUUCACUGAAGAGCAAAAGCGGCAGGUCGUAUUGCUGUUAGCUGAAAAGUUGGAUGAAAAUCAUGACGAUGUAUCAUUUUUAGCGGAGCUCGUUAGUGAGUUGGAUGUAAGCACCUUUGGCACCAUUCAUCCAAAAAUCCUUGCUUAUGCAAAAUCAGUGUCAUUAAAUGGGGACCAUGCGAAUUUUGAGAGAGCAAUUCUUCUCUUGAGACUGCUGGAUAAGCUUUGCGAAGAUUUCCUUCAAUGUACCCUUCUAGAAUUGAAAAAGUCCAUGGGAACCAAAUUGGAUUACAUUUCAUCAUUCCAACUGAUGGUCGAAGUAUAUGGUGAGGAGUUUGUUGAUGGCGAGUUUCGCAAAACAACGAUAUUGAACUUGUUCGCCUUUUUAUCAUUGUUGUUCUCCAAAUCUGAUUUACAAGUUUCAGCACCAAUUGAACUUGACAAACUUCUUUGUCUCUUCUUGGGUCACACAGACGAAUCUGUUGCAACAUCGUGCUCGAAAUUGGUUAGAUGGAGAAUAGAAAGGUUGGUUAUUCAAAGCAUGAAAGAUGAGGACCUCUGCGAUUAUUUGUGGUCAUUGAUCUUUAAGCUUAUUGAUUCAGGAACAUCAAAGUUUCACAUUUCGAAUGCUUACAUUUUAUGGCUAAGGACAUUGAGUAAUGUCAAUUGCGAGGUAAAGAAAAACGACUUUUUUCAAUCAAAUUACCUCACGCAGGAGUUUUACUGGGAAGUUUUGCAAACAGGUUUGGCUGAUAAAUCUCACGAGAUUAGGAAGUUUUGCUUAUCCAUUCUCCAGCUCUCUCUCAAAUCAAUUUGUACUUCAUUCACAACGCCCUUAAUUGUUUGGGAUAUGAAACUCGAAGAUAAACUACUCAGAGAAUGGAGUAGAUACACAACUCUUUAUGAAAUUUUGGGAAUUGAUACAUCUUUGCAUCAAACUCAAGCGGCUGUGAACGAUAUUAUAGGUAUAAUUCAUCCAGAUUCUUUGAUACACCCAUCCUGGGGUUUCUGUCUUUUGGCAACAGGUUUCCAAGCGUCCAUGGAUUCUGUCCGAAAGUUCUCUAUGCAAAUUUUGCUUUCCAUACCAGAGCAAUAUUUGUACUUGCUUCAAUAUGGCUUACCAUUUUUGACAAAGACAUACUUACCUUACAUGAUGCUUUCUCGUCACUUUGCAGCCCGUCGUAAGACACCGACAAGCAGAGGAGUUGUUUGCGAAUAUGGGGAGAAGUUCAGCAUUUUCUUAUCCAACAUAUUAAAGAACUUGAGAACUGAACUAGAGUUUGAACACGUUUGUUCAGCUAUCCUUGGUGUAUUAGAAAGGAGUAAGGAAAGCUUUGAUGCUGUGCGAGUUUAUGCAACACUAGGCCUCAUCAGAGGUAUUAAGAACAAGAAAGUACUAAAAUUUGGCAUUCAUGAUUCAGUAAUUGUGAAACUAUUUGAUAAUUACUCAGAAGGAGAUUUGUUUCGACAAACAAUUCAGACGCUCAACUUGUUACUAUUGCUUCAUUUUCAAAUUGAUGACUUUACCAACUUUGCUUCGAUUCUUACAAAGUUCACCAAUUUCAAUGGUUUCAAGAUUUUCCGUGAGAACAUCGACCAAGUUGCUGAUUUUGUUGUGAGUAAUGACUUCACUGUCCAAAAAAUCGUGGAUGCCCUUUUUUCUAAUGCAAUACCCGAUACAGAGCAGAUUGUUAUCUUGAACAUUGUAUACCAUCUCUCGUUGUCGGAUUUCAAGAGGUUAGAGCCUUUUAUCCUAGAAAAAUCUGACAGUUAUAUCUCAAAAUUGCUUGCGAGUGGUUUAAACCUCUGGCUGUUGUCUGUUCCUUUCAAAACCCGACUUUCAUCGUUGCUUGAUAGAGCUUUGAGUGGAGAUGUUCCUUUAGAGCUGUAUGAUGACCUAUUUAUUGCAAAUUUUAGUGCUAAAGACUCAAAAAUCUCCUCUGAACAAAUGGCAAUGUUUUAUCAAUCUGUUGCUGAGGAAGUUGAGUCUGAAGAUUAUGGUGAACUUGUGCUUGUGACAUCUAAACUAAGAUUCUUGAGCAAGUGUGUAACUAUAUUUGGACUUCCUACUUCGAUUGACCUCACGGAAUUGAUACGUUUAAGAAGUGUCCUAUUUAUCAAUUCAUCCAGUUGUGCCUUAUCCGUUAGUAACUUUUACAAGAUCAAAGAGGACGCAAUUGGAGAGUACCACCGGCUUCUCGCAGCAUUCGUUAGCACAAUUCUGAUGCUGAGCACUGACUUUUCACGCCUAUUGAGUGUUCUCAAUUUCGGAAUGACCCAUCCAACUACCUUACAUUCUAUUUGCCACAUUAUGCUAGAGGCGUUUGAGAACAAUGUCGUUGAAGUGGAGGAAUCAAAAAUUUCUCUCAUAGGUUUAGCAGAAUCGGUGGCAGAGUUGGAUGCAGAUAAAUUCAAAUUGACUGAAAAGGAUGUACAUUUUGCGUUAAUUCGUGUCUUUUGUCAUCCAGUUCUAUUGCGGUAUGCUAUCCAUGAUUCUGUUAUAAAUGAUCUAAUUGCUGCGUUUUGUGAAACUAUGCUAUUUAACUCACAGGGCAGAAGAGGUUUGUUCACACGUCUUACAGAGCAGAUGAUCAACUUCCAAAUUUCGAAUCCUCGCGAGUUUGAAGAAUUGCCUUUUCUUCCGGGUUUAUUGGUACAAUCAGCUAUUCACCGGCAAUUGCAAAGUAAUGCUUUCAAGUUGGAGGGUAUCAUUGGCAAGGUCUAUGAUGAACAAAUCAGCUCAAAAAAGGAACCAGGAAUUUAUAAAGAAGUCUAUGGGGAUGAUGAAGUGUCUUCCAAAGUACGAGUAUUUGCAAUCUUGAAUUCCAUUAAAUCUGCAGAAUGUGCUAAGGCUGUACUUGAUUUUGUUUUCGAUCCGUCCGACAACUACCACUUUUUCAAUAUCAUCAAAGCGACAGAUGGAUUGGAAGAGUAUACGAGAAGCCAGUUAGCAAAAGUUGUCAUUUCAGUCAUUGAUGUUGUUGAUGUGGAUUAUUCAUUUGAAAACUACUUUCAUCACUUUGUUCAUUUUAUAGAAAAUGAUCCUAGCCCACUCGUGAGAGUUUAUUUUGAGUGGGCUAUAGCUUUACAUUUGCUUCGUCGGCCAAAGAACUCUGAAGUUAUUUUCGAAAAGUUGACAUCUGCCUUUGUCAAUCAUGAGGUUAAUCCGACGUUGGUUACUGUUUACGAACGAAUUUUAUAUCUCAUGGUGAAAUCUAUGAGUCAGGUUGAUGAAGAAAAGUAUUUGACUAAGUUGGCAGCUUAUGUUAUCCCUGCCGCAUCAACAAAUAAAGCAGUUACUAGACAUUUUUCUAUGUCAUUGGCCAUAUCUAUGUAUGAAGAGGUUCAAAGGAAGCAGUUAAACGUUGAUAAAAACAUCUUGUCAAUCUUAGCCAAUAUGCACAAAACUGCUCUUGCCCAAGAAGCCUAUGGCCAAUAUAGAAGUGGUGAUGCUCUCCUUUGGAACAUCAUUGAAGACUACGAUUUGGUUAACAUUUCUGGAGGCUUGUUGAUGCGGUUGAAUGAUCGCGAUGUUGAGUUUAUAACGAGUGAAGAAUUCCACUGUUACUUAACUUCGGCGCAACAGAAGCAGUUAAACCAUCACAUUGGUGAGAAUAAGCUGCAUUUGUGGGUCGGUGAACUUAAAUUUGCACAAACUAGAUCUGCAUCACUUCAAGAGUCUAGUGUCAUUGCUCUGUCACCAUUGCAAACCAAAAGUGGAGCUUGGAACACGGUCAUGGAUGUUGACGAAUCCGAUAGAGGCACAGAGAUCCUGCGAAGCGAUUUGAUUGUGGUUGCUUCACUAGUUGAUAAGGCUCCCAAUUUGGGUGGAAUAUGUCGUCUUUGUGAUGUUCUAGGAGCAGGUUUGAUGACAUUGCAUGAUCUCAAAAUCAAAAACAAUGCCCAAUUCAAGACCGUGGCAGUUACGGCAGAUUAUUGGAUGCCUAUGAUAGAAGUCAAACCGCAUCAGAUUGUUGAGUAUCUUCAUCAAAAGAAAGCUGAUGGAUAUACCUUAAUUGGACUUGAACAAACUGAUAAGUCUGUGGUAUUGAACAAAGAUUUACAGUUUCCCAAGAAGUCUUUGAUUUUGUUGGGAAGAGAGAAGGAGGGUAUUCCCGGAGAGUUAUUGGCAGAGUUAGACCUCUGCGUGGAGAUAAAGCAAGUUGGAAUUGUGAGAUCAAUGAACAUUCAAACAGCAACAGCUGUGAUUGUUCAUGCCUAUGCAUCCCAGAAUUGCUAA